AUGGCUGAUAUGCGGCUGAAGUUUAAAGGGGAGGUCAAGAUUGUUGAAGAAGUCAUUGCACGAAGCCACCACUCUGGAGGCCUCAUCUUCGACUGGAAAUUGAGGACCUCCUCACAAUACUCCCUUUCAACCGUCUUUCUCCUGGAAACAAAGAUGGUCUCCUUGGACAUAGUGUUCAUCAUAUCUUUUUGGGGCUCUGGCCCUUUAGACUUUUUAUAUAUACCUUCUAAUGGCCUCUCUGAAGUUUUGGUGAAGGCAACCCCUCAACUAGCUUCAAACAAUGUUCCUUUACUUCUCUACUACAACGAAGAUUCUCUCCGUGAGCCACCAUUCUGCUUUGAGCUUAUGUGGCUUGAAGACAAGUCUCUUCUGAAACUUGUCUCAGAUUCUUGGAUGGAGUGCCCAGAAGGUGGUUUGGGUAUUCAGAGAAUUAAGGAUGUCAAUGAAGCUCUGUCGACCAAGUGGUGGUGGCGUCUUGCUGCCCAACAAGAUCAACUAUGGGCCAAGCUCUCUCAUGGCUUCCCUGAUAGAAUCAUUUGGUCCCUAGAGCCUUAUGGCACUUUCUCUAUUUCUUCUUUGUAUAAUGUGCUCUUCAAAGAUCGUUACAUUCAAAGUUAUGGCCAUCUAGCCAAAUUUCUGGAGAGAGCUUCUUCUUCUUCUCAAGAAUCUACCGAAAAGGAGGACGAAUUCUCUAUCCUCACGGCAAUGAGAAGCCCUUUCAAUGACAUUGUCAUGAUCCAGAGUCAGGGCUCCAGAAUCUUGCUCCUUGAUUCCACACGGAACAUCCAUAGCAUUUAUACUGAGGGGCAAAAGUUAACAGGUUCUUAUUGGGACGAAUUUGCAUGCCUUCCAGCAGUUGUUCCUAAAGGCCCCAUUGCAAUAUUGGGUUUGGGCGGUGGCACAGCUGCUCAUUUAAUGCUUGACCUAUGGCCUUCAUUGGAGCUCGAGGGAUGGGAGAUUGAUGAAAUCUUGAUAGAUAAAGCAAGAAAGCAUUUUUACUUGUCUGAUCUAGAGAAAUGCAAUGAAGCUGGUGGUAUUCUACAUGUUCAUGUUGGUGAUGCUCUUUCCCCGAUGGCUGUUGUUCCUGGUGGAUUCUCUGGCAUAAUUGUGGAUUUGUUUUCUGAUGGGAAAGUUUUACCGCAGCUGCAAGAGGUUUCCACAUGGUUAGAACUUGAGAAGAGGCUAAUGCCCAAUGGACGUAUAAUGGUUAACUGUGGUGGUGCUCAUGCUGAAGCAUGCAGCUCUGAAGAUGAAAAUUACAGCAUUUACUUCUCAUGCUCUGAAGGUGUCUCAGUCUACAAUCCCACAAUCACUGCAUUAUGCACAUCAUUUCCUGGAAAUCUAAGCUGGAGGAAAAUGGAAGAAGGGGAGAGUUUGAAUUAUCUCGCACUCACUGGGCCUCCUCCUGACUUGUCGGCGUGGUCAGCUGCUGUUCCCUCACAAUUGAGCUCCAAUAUUAAAAAAUGGAAACCUUUUCAACUUUCAUGACACCUCAUUCUACCAUCUGUUUACAUUACCCUUGCCCAUUACAUUCUUGUCUUUUUUUAUGAUUCUACAGAACAAUGGCAUUCAAUUUUUUGGGUGUUUUAUGAAACACUUACAUUCU